AUGCCUCCUAGACGCCGUCCCCUCUGUGACUCUAAUCGUGUCCCUCAUCCUAAAGAAAAUGGUGAGGAAGAUCUGCCACCCCCACCUCCACCGCCACCAUUCAAUGAUGGCAUACACCCAGCUUUAAUACAACUUAUAGCUGACACCACUAGGCAUCUGGCCGAAGCAAUAUCACGAAUUCCGCGACCCAAUGAACGAGCCGAACCCAUAGGUUGUUCAUUACGCGAUUUUGCUAGCUAUCACUUUCGAACUUUUGAAGGAACGGAAGGGUCGACUGUUGCAGAAGCUUGGCUCACAGAUAUAGAUGUACUGUACACUACCCUCGGUUGUAAAGAUGAGCAGAAGGUUCAGUACAUUGUACUGCAGCUGACGGGUGAAGCUAAGAGAUGGUGGACUACAAGGAAGGUGCUACUUGGAGGAGGAACAGUAAUUACUUGGGAGAUGUUUAUGGAAGAGUACAAUCGACGUUUUUUCCCUCGAUCUCAUAGGCAACUACAAGCGAUAGAAUUCCAAAAUCUAGUCCAAGGUGACCUGACUGUAGAGCAAUAUUCCUCCCGAUUCAUGGAGCUAGCUCAGUUCACAGCCAAUCGUAUCCCUGACGAAGAAACGAAAGCGGAACGAUUCGAGAAUGGCCUCAACCCUCGUAUCAGGGAGAGUGAUUUGUCUGGAAAUAAAGGAAUACGCCAGAUUGGUAGAAGUUGCGUCUCUAGCUGA